GUGAACACACAUUCAAGUUCAAGAGCGGUUGAAAACAACAUAUACAAUUGGUAAAUCUAUCGCGCAAUGUCACGCAGUGAGCCUUCACCAAGCUGUGGCCGUUCGACACAUUAACCAAUUUAAACACAAAGCAAGCUAUCCAAAAGUUUGCACCCUUGCAAGGCUUAAUUAUCGUGUCCCACAACGCCAAUCGACAUCGAUCUAUACUGCCCGCAUUGCCUUUCUUCCGGGUCACGAAGGACAUGCGCGUUUUCAUGCAGUGUGAGAUUCUCGACAGGAAAGUAGCAAGCGCAGAGUGUACAAGAAAAGAAGCGCAAGCGGGGCAGAUGACGAUUAUCGUUAGGGGACAAAAUAAAAUCACCAAAUGGUGCAAGCUUCUUAAAAGUGUCAGAUGUACAUUCCCCAGUUUAAACGAAGGUGUACGCGCGCACACACACGAUGUCGACACGUAGCAGUAUAAGCUACAUAUAUAUAUAGAUAAUUUCAUCACAUGAACAAUCCUUUAAAUCCACACGCCAGCCUACCUACAUGAAAAUCUAUGUACGCGCCUGUAGAACAAUAAAAACAUCCCAGUCACAAAAAAAAAAAAAGAGGACAGAACCUUAACGACGUGCUUUGAUUUUUGCUGCUAGCUUAGCUGAAUAAAUUAAAUACAUCGUUUUUGUGUUUGUUGACCUUGGUGCUCAGUUCUUGCGUUUCGUGGCAAACUACAGCCUACAAAAGAAUUAAUGAAGGGUUGAAAAUUGAGCAGGCUGACACAUUUUCAAGCUUAUCAAAAGGAGCACUAAGCAGACACAGGACGUGGCAGCUACCUAUUAAUACCAUAGAAUAAUGUUAAUACAAUCAACCGUGACCACCGCUAUUAAUGUCGCGUAUUGCCAUUCCUCCACUAAACAUACCGCUUCAAUCCCCCCCAAAAAAAGGGGAUGGCAGCGCCGCCCCUCGACAGAAAUAAUUACUCUGUUUGAUUGCCUUUAUGCGCAAUAUCUUUGGAAUUGUAGCGUAUUCUUUACUCAAGGGAUGGCGCUGUAUUCAACUAGAAAAAAAGUAGAGGAAGAAUUUUGAGUUGACGAUCGUUUGAGAAUACAGUGUACCUCUGGAAUAGCGGUGGCGCAAAAACAAGGAACGUAAUUAAUUUUGUAUUAAUAGAUGCUUAUCGUGUUCGGUGGUUUGUUGGCCAGAACCGCAGGCCUUCAGUGACGGUAAUAAGCACUGAUGUGAUUCUAUAUAACGAGCGCCAACCCCCCCACCUCUUAUUGAUGAAGAUGUUCAUAAUAUACAUCCAUACGCACAUUCAUCCAUUCAUCAAUCAACUACGUUUAAUGUGGCUAACCCGGCCAAUUGACCCGGCUAACCGCACAAGGCUAAUCGUCGUCAAUAAUCGUACGCCUAUUUACGCUCGCUCAGUCGGCCCAGUCGGUGCAGCAGCGCGGAAAUAUGUCGGCAUCCCGCCCCUUGAAGCGGCGCAAGGAGUACCUGGUUCGUGACAAGUUCUUCCAGGUGCCUGUGUCAAGUCUUUACAAGCGACUGAAGGACCACGCCGCAGCAGCGUCAAAUGUCGCGAGCACAAGUCGCUGCAACGGAGACGACUCUCCGGCUUCGGCAGAAACCAGCGCAUCGUGUUUCGCACACAGCGACGACGACGAUAACGACGGUGCCAAUGGCAGUGCGGGUACAGUUCCGUGCAGUUCUGCGUCCAGUAGCACGCACACACGAAGUGACGACGAGCAAGGGAGCUCUGAAGAUAGUAGUGAGGAGAGCGACGGCUUUGAGGAGGCACAAUCUGAGAGCGGAGACAAUCGCCAGUUUUCUGGUUUUAGCGUGGAAACCCUGCCAGGCUCACAAGUCACGAAAGCUGGCGCAAUCGCAGCAGUUAUGGCGUACGCUAUUGCCCACGGUCUCACUUGGACGGCACUAGGUGAUCUUUCAAAGCUUAUUAACUUUCUCUUUGGUGCCAGUGUAUUGCCGCGCAGCGAAUACAUGUUUCGCAAGCUUUGGAGCAAUGAAGCAGAAGAAGUGCUUCGGUACUAUUAUGUAUGCGAAACAUGCAGCGCAGUAAUGACGCCACAAGGUAAAAUGGCACAGUGCCAAAUUUGCGAGCAUACUGAAAGACUUCAGGCCCUGAAAGAGCAAGGCUCAUUUUUUAUCAUCCUUGACUUCCACAAACAGCUCAGCUUUUUGAUAGAAAAAACUAAAUCUGAGUUAGAGUCGAGUUUGGUAAAAGCACGACUGCCGGCAUCGAAAAUAAGUGAUAUAACAAAUGCUCGGUGCUAUGCUAAACUGAAGAAGGCAAGAAGCCUUGCGGAUGAUGACUUGACGCUGACCAUAAACACCGAUGGCAGCCCAGUCUUCAAGUCGUCAAAAACAUCUGUGUGGCCUAUUCAGUUCAUUGUUAAUGAACUGCCACCACACUUGCGGUUCAAGCACCCGGUACUUGCAGGACUUUGGUUUGGUAAGUCGCAUCCAAACAUGCAACUCUUCCUUGACAAGUUUGUGCAAGAAGUGAACAGCACGAAACCAGUGACAUGGACUUACCAGAACAGGGUCCAUACGUCUAGGCCUUUCGUGCUGUGUUGUUCUGUGGAUGCGCCUGCAAGGGCAGCUGUGCUAAACAUGGUGCCUUUCAACGGCUACUUCGGAUGCCCCUGGUGCCUUAUAAGGGGCGAGCAUGUGGAAGGGAGCAUGAGAUACGUCACAGAUGAGCCAGUUGAGGCACGGACUUCGGACCUCGUCAGGAGAGAUAUGAAGAUGGCACUUGAUUACAAAGAUGUCAUCAAUGGUGUGAAAGGACCAUCAGCAUUGAUGAACUUGAAAGGUUUGGAUCUCGUGAACGGUCAAAGUGUUGAGUACAUGCACUGUGUACUUCAAGGUGUCAGUAAACAACUGACUGAGGCGAUCCUGACUUCUACGAACAGCAACCAGCGCUUCUAUGUUGGUGCGCCUUCAGUUGCUGCGAGGAUAGAGUCACGGCUGCUUGCCAUAAAGCCCCCACACUGCGUGACCAGGCUGCCGCGCCCGCUUAAAGAUCGUGGCCACUGGAAGGCAUCUGAGUGGAGGCAAUGGAUAUUGUUUUAUGCACUCCCUUGCCUUGAUGGUAUUCUGCAUCCUGAGUAUUGGAAGCACCUGUCUCGGCUCUCGGAAGGCAUCCACAUCCUUCUUCAGGAAGAAUUGGGCGCCCGUGACAUUGACAGAGCAGAGGCCCUCCUGAGCAAUUUCGUUUGCCGCUGCAAGACAUUAUACGGCACAGCAUUCAUGACGUUCAAUGUCCAUGCCCUACAACACUUGGCAAACUGUGCUCGCUCACUUGGACCACUUUGGGCACAUUCAGCGUUUGUAUUUGAGGGGGGGAAUGGAAGCAUUGUGCGCCUCGUGUCAGCUGCAAACGGGCUACCACGGCAGAUAACUGAACGAGUCAUCAUGGCACAAAAGCUGAAUCAGCUGAUAGAAAGUCCCCUGUUAUCUAUUCAAGAAAGAGAGCUUUGCAAUGAGUUCAUUGGGUACCCACCCAUAAAAAAGGCAUUACAUGUUUGCAAUUUGACUUUGCUGGGAAAGGGAAAAGUUACAGCUCUCAGUGCUAAUGAACAGGACAAACUUCACCAUUCUUGUGGGAUAUCCAUAACAAGGGCAGUGGAGUAUGAGCGUUUCAUUAUGAAGAAACAAGUAUUUCACAGCACUGCCUACCAAAGAGCAACAAAAUCUGACACAAGAUUCAUCAGAACAAACACUGGCUGCUACAAAUGCAUCGAAAAGAUAUUCUUUGUAAAAGAGGCAGACAUUUGUGCUCUCUUCUGCAGGCCACUAAUUAUUGCAGAUGCAACUGCAGUGCCUCCUCACAUUAAGGAAUGCUUCUUGUCACCGGACAGAAAUUUAGAUUUAUUGCUUCCAGAGGAGGUGGCUGACACCUGUAUGUAUAUCAAUUUCACAAAUGAAGGAAAAACAUUCAUUUGUGACUUGCCAAACAAAAUUGAAAGAGAUUGAAUUUGGUUAUGAAUGCAUUAAGAGAGAGGAACGAGAAUUUUUCACUCAGGUGGGAGAGGGACGUUAACACCGAUGCACGUCACUAGGUACACAUGCUGCGCUGUCAUCUCCAUAGGCAAGCAGUGACCUUGUGCAAAGUUAUGUCUGCUCACUGCAUUGCUUUCUUAUAAGCCUCCAUUGACUGCAUCAGUUUUGCUGUGGUGGACAUAACAUCUGUGCGUUUAGUUCAUUUCUGUAUUGAGAAAUUGUUUGACAUAAAAGGGCUUGUUAAUUUUAAAUUUGCACCACAAGUUCAGGUAGUCGACCAGCAUAUUUACAGUAUUUACAAGUAGUUAUGUGAUGUGGUUAGGAGUAAAUGCCUUACUCUGUGAAUGUGCAGUGGGCUUGUGCACCACAGCAGUACCUUUGCCAACACAGCACUCAGCAUGUGGCACUUUUUGACAAAAUGUGGGAUGACAACCGUACAACGUCCCUGCUCCUCAGAUCUUGCCCCCUGCAACUAAUUUCCUAGGCUAAAGCAAGUGCGUAGCUUUUUGUAUGUCAUUUUUCCUUUUCUGCAAAGCAGCAAAUGUUUGAUAUUUUUAAUGACUCAUUCAUUGUUAACAGCUUUCAUUUUUGAAAUAGCAGUGCGUUUCCUAUUUUCUGUUGCCAAUUACUGUCAAUUUUUUUUUCCUGUUUUUGAGUAUAUCAAUGCAUGGCCACAGAAAAGCUAUAUGAAACAUCUUAUUUUUUGGCAUGGAAGCCAAAGGGUGCUUUUCUUGUUCUCCAUGUGGUAACUGGCAUUGAAGAAUGGCAAUUGCUGAGGCACUUGCUACAGUGUGUUUCUUUUGAGCCGUAUCCUUGCAAGGGAGGUUGGCAAAGGUUCACAUUAUUACUCGCUAUGAUCAGCACUACUUGGAUAAAGCUCCGAACAUGACAUGCUAGAGCUUACCUGGUCUAAUUGUUUAGUUGAAUGGAACAAACAUCAAAAACACAAUUCCAGCAAUUGAAAAUGUGCAGGUCUUCAUUGUAUCUUGCAACUCUGUGCUGCCAUAUUAGAAAUCCAGGGGAACCAGAUUUCUGCUUGUUCCCGCCAACAAAUGUCCCCCCAAAAAUAAUGUUAUAGUUCUUGUGAACCUGGCACAAUCUAGAGGUGCUGCGUUCAUACCAAAUUAAUUGCACUUUUCGUUUGUUUGUGACAAAUGAAAGUGAAACUUGUCCUUGGC